UACACUUUCACCAUUAUAAAUGACUCAGGAGAAAUAUCUCAAUCUCUAUCUCAUCUUUCUCUCCAUCCCAAAACCAUUCAUUCCAUAAAUUCUAAAGAAAAGAAAAAUCCCAAGAGAGAGAGAGAGAGAGAGAGAGAGAGAGAGAGAUGGGGGGAUUUGAGGAGCAGUUGAAGGAGAGGGCAAAGGAGCUGAAGCAUCUGGUGAAGAAGGGGGUGAAGGUGGUGGGAGAAUCUUGCAAGAAAACAUGGCACAAGGUCAAGAAGAUCAGGGGCUGAUAAUUAAUAUAUAAUACUUCAUUAGAUAUAUAUAUAUAUUCCACAACUAAAAAAAAUGAAAAAAAAAUGUAGUGGUUUUUGUUUCUGAUUUAGUUUCCCUUUUCUUUUUGUGUUGAUUUUCUCUUUCUUUUUUUCUGGGUCUUAUUUCUAUUAUCUUUUUGGGUAUCUUUAUGUAGAAGACAUGGUCAAAUUAAAAAAAAAAAAAAAUUAGGAGAUCUGAUUGGUUGCUGUUUCUUUCUCUUUACCCAGUGAUGUGUUUGUGAUUUUAUGUUGUGGCUUGUGCCCUGAUUGAUGUAAUCUACAAGAUCUCUAACUCCUGAGCUUUUGUUAUAUAUAUCUAAGGAUUUUUAUUAA